AUCAAAAAAUAAACAAAACCUCACAGCCUCCUUUUUCUUGCUUCCUGCAAUGCCAUCUCUCUCUCAUUUCCAAUACAAAAAUUAUUCAUGUCCUCUCUAAUUAUUACCUGUUAAUUUUGCUCUAGCUGGUCUUUUUCUUCUUCUAUUUGCAUCCCAUCUUUUAAUAGGAAAAGGGAUUUUUUUCUUUUUUAUACAAAGAUCUGAGCUUUGUCUUUGUUUGAUUUGAGUUUGGCUUUUGCAAUUGUAAUAUUCAAGUUCUGAAGCGUCUACUCUUUGAUGGGACUCUGCUUUAGCAAUCGAGUCAAGGCUUAUACUCCUUCUAAUACAGGCCUGAAUUCAAAAACUUCCAGCAGAACUGGAAAGAAUUUGAGUGGCUUGAGUAGCAAGGUCUCAUCAACUUCUGUACCCCAAACACCUCGAAGUGAAGGUGAGAUCCUGCAGGCAGAAAAUUUAAAGAACUUCAGCUUCAAUGAGCUGAAGACUGCCACUAGAAAUUUUCGACCAGAUAGUGUACUAGGAGAAGGUGGCUUUGGAUCAGUUUUCAAAGGGUGGAUCGAUGAGCAUUCGCUUACGCCUACAAGGCCCGGUUCUGGCAUAGUGAUUGCUGUCAAGAGGCUUAACCAAGAAGGGUUCCAGGGUCAUAGAGAAUGGCUGGCGGAGAUCAAUUACCUUGGGCAACUGCAGCAUCCUAAUCUUGUUAAGUUGGUUGGUUACUGCUUUGAGGAUGACCAUCGACUUUUGGUUUAUGAAUUCAUGCCCCGUGGCAGUAUGGAGAAUCAUCUAUUCAGGAGAGGGUCACACUUCCAGCCUCUUUCUUGGAACAUUCGCAUGAAAGUGGCCCUUGGUGCUGCUAGGGGGCUUGCAUUUCUACAUAGAGCUGAAACAAAAGUCAUAUAUCGGGAUUUUAAGACUUCUAAUAUACUACUUGAUUCAAACUACAAUGCAAAGCUUUCUGAUUUUGGUUUAGCCAGGGAUGGACCAACUGGGGAUAAGAGUCAUGUAUCUACUAGAGUCAUGGGAACUUACGGAUAUGCCGCACCAGAAUAUUUGGCCACAGGCCAUUUGACUGCAAAGAGUGAUGUAUACAGUUUCGGUGUUGUACUUCUAGAAAUGUUAUCUGGCCGACGAGCUAUAGACAAGAAUAGGCCACUGGGGCAACAUAACCUGGUGGAGUGGGCGAAACCUUACCUGGCAAGCAAACGCAGAAUUUUCCGUGUACUAGAUGCUCGUCUAAAUGGCCAGUACUCCCUCAGUCAGGCUCAAAAGGUGGCUAACCUUGCACUUCAAUGCUUGGACGAACCUAAGUUCAGACCAGACAUGGAUGAGGUGGUAAAAACAUUAGUGCAGCUUCAAGAAUCAAAUAAAAAAGAGAACAAUCCAAUUACUCAUGGGGAGAAGAAGAAUGGUGGAUGCGUUGCAUAUCCACGACCUUCUGCAUCCCUGUUUAUGCAUAAGCAAGCAUGAGUUAGAUUUUUUUUUUUUUUUUUGUUAAUAUAAUGGAUUUCUUGGAUGUGAAGCAGGUUCAGGAGUUGAGGCAUAUGCUAGAGGCAUGUGUUUAUUGGAGUAGUGUACAGUUUGUGGUUUGUUUGUAUGUUUAUGCCUCCAUAUUGGAUGUUUCCAGUUCUCCAUCAGAAUGGUGGAGCACAAAUUUAUCUGGAUUACUGCAAUAUUUUGUACUUGAAAACAGCCACUGAAAAGCCAAGUUUUUAUGUGAGCAUAAUUGAGCUUAUUUGAAUA